AUGGAGGAGUUAAUAAAGCAGUUUAUGGUUCAACAAGCACAGUUUGUGGCAGAAAUAAAGAUUCAACAGGCACAGUUUGCAAUUGAGUUAAAGAGUCAACAAUUACUUACAAGAAAUCUAAAGUUAAAAUUGGGUCGAAUUACAGAAGCACAGAAUACAAGACCUCAAGGAACAUUACCUAGUGAUAUAGAGAAAAAUCCUAAGCAGAGUGUGCCAAAAUAUGCAAAAUACUUGAAGGAUAUAGUUGCAAAUAAGAACCAUUUGAUCGAGUAUGCUACAGUUGCACUUACUGAGGAGUGUACAUCCAAGAUUAAAAGCAAAUUACCCACGAACCUAAAGGAUCCAGGUAGUUUCACUUUGCAGAUUACCAUCAGACAGACCAUUAGUGCUUAUGGAUUGUGUUAUUUGGGGACUAGCAUCAAUCUUAUGCCCACAUUGUGGUACCGGAAGAUGGGUCUUGGGAGUCCUAAACCCACUACUAUUGUUUUGCAGUUGGCGGAUAGGUCCUUUGCUAGGACAGAUGGCAUUAUCGAAGAUGUCUUGGUGAAAGUGGGGUUCUUAAUCUUUCCGGUGGAUUUUGUAAUUCUUGACUUUGAAGCUGAUCCUGUUGUUCCAUUUAUUUUGGGAUGA